AUGAAGGUUCCUCUCCCAAGACUCUCCUUUUCGCUGUCAACUGCUACACCCACAUCCAUACCUCCUGGCCUUGCAUCAUUCCCAGACAAGACAGUCUCUCUUCGUGAUGGCCGAGUGUUAGGAUACACUGAAUACGGCUGUCCAUCAGGCUACCCACUGCUCUACUUCCACGGAUGGCCCUCGUCACGACUUGAAGCUUUUCUGACCGACUCAAUCGCAAAACGGCAUGGGAUCCGUAUCAUCUCGCCAGACCGUCCUGGCUUUGGGAUAUCUACUUUCCAGCCUCAUCGUCGUAUUAUUGAUUGGCCAAACGAUAUCCAGGACCUCACCAGCCACCUUAAGAUAUCCCGCUUCGCCAUACUGGGUGGUUCAGGCGGAGGACCCUAUGCCGUAGCCUGUGCCCAUGCCUUGCCUCAUGACUCACUUUCUGCAGUUGGUGUGCUUGCAGGAGCUGGUCCAUGGAUAGCUGGCACCCAGGAUGUACCUCUUGUGUCCAGAAUGAUGGGCGUGGCAGCUAACAACGUGCCUUGGGCAUUUACCAGCAUGACAAACAUGCUCGUUGGUUCUUUACUAUGGGUGUCGGGUACAAGCUACAUCACACGCUGGCUCGAUAACUGGAUCGAGAGCACAAGAAAGGAAGACGACAAGACGCCCACGCAGGAAGGGAGACAGGCUCUCUUGCGUAUUGCUUUUGAAGGGUUUGCGCAGGGAUCUCGUGGGUUUGUGCAUGAGGCACAACUCCUCUCCCAGGACUGGGGGUUUCGCUUCGAAGAUGUAACCUACGACAAGAUCCGGAUAUGGCAUGGCACACAGGACGCAAACUCACCUAUUCAGUUGACCAGAUACAUGGCAGAAAAGCUACCUCACUCGGAGCUCCAGGAGUGGGAUGACACUCACUAUACCAUUGGCGAACGCCUAGAGGAGGUCAUAACGGAGCUUGUGACCAAGGAGAUCCCUAAGCCAGCCAGCUCUUAG